UUUUUGUGGCAGAUGCUGGACUUUCCAGCAGCUGUGAUAUGAAAUGGAUUUGAUAUAAAUGUACAGCUCUGAAUGAGGUCAGCUUCACAACAUGAGAAGGCAGGAAAUGUGACUUCAUGCAAGCGACUUUACAGUAAAUAUAUUGGGGUAUAGCAUAGCUGUCACUAUGGCAACGAGCGCUGUUCCCAGUGACAAUCUCCCCACGUAUAAGCUGGUAGUGGUGGGGGAUGGGGGAGUGGGGAAGAGUGCGCUCACCAUUCAGUUCUUUCAGAAGAUCUUUGUCCCUGAUUACGACCCCACCAUCGAGGACUCCUACCUCAAACACACUGAGAUUGAUGCCCAGUGGGCCAUAUUGGACGUUCUGGAUACAGCAGGCCAAGAGGAGUUCAGUGCUAUGAGGGAACAGUACAUGAGGACUGGGGACGGGUUCCUCAUCGUGUUCUCUGUUACAGACAAGGCCAGCUUUGAACAUGUGGACCGCUUCCAUCAACUCAUCCUCAGGGUGAAGGACCGGGAAUCCUUUCCUAUGGUUCUUGUGGCCAACAAAGUGGAUCUGCUGCACUUACGUAAAAUACCCAGUGAUCAGGGGAGGGAGAUGGCUAGUAAACACAGUAUAGCUUACAUUGAAACCAGUGCUAAGGACCCAGCCAUGAAUGUUGACAAGGCGUUCCACGAGUUAGUUAGAGUAAUCAGGUAUGUUACCGCCACAGAUUAUUUAGAGGGUUGUCUGUUUGAUACAAAAGCUAGGAGAGCCACUCUCUCUCUCUCUCUCUCUCUCUCUCUCUCUCUCUCUCUCUCUCUCUCUCUCUCUCUCUCUCUCUCUCACACCCAGGCAACAGAUUCCAGAGAGGAGCCUGAAGAAGAAGAGGAAAACCAAGUGGCGGGCCGACAGGUCCACUGUCUCCCACCGACUGCACUGUGUUGUCCUAUGAUGGUUUUUUACUUGUACAGCUGCUCCCUACAGGACAGGGGGAAGAUGAUUACAUUUAGGAGUGUUUACUCUCUACACAUAGUUCCAGGAGGCAGUUUGUACCCUCUAUCCUGGCACGUGAGUUAGGUGGAAGGGUCAGGUCCAGCAGCACAGGAGUUUCCCAGACACGGGAUGAGACUGACUCGCCCUAAAAGGACCAGUGGAAUAAUUUACAGCUCUUCUGGGAAUGUGAACUAACUUACUCAAGUACAUGGUGAUAAAGUGGCAUCAACACUGCCUUUAUCUACAAAUGAAGCUCUUUGACAGAGAAACUGGACAUAUGGGCUCACAAAGAUAAUCUGUAAAUAAUUAGGACAUACUGUAGUAGGGUCACACAAACAUCAUUCUACUAAGAUGUAGGCCUUUAAAACUUGGUCCUUGUUGUUUUCAAAUAGCUUUCUUGUUAUAGUCCCUAUCAUUAAGAUGGAGGCCAUUGAGUAAAGCACUGGAAGGAGGGAGGAAACUGAGAGCUUUCCCCAGUGAGGGGGAGUAUAUUAGAGAGGGGAGUGAGAGGAGGGGAGAGGAUGUGUCUGUUUGUCUUGGAAUCAGUGGGCCUGCCAGACAACAGAGAGAAGAAGGGAAAGUGAGGAAAGAGACACAGAGAGAGAAAGAGAGAUUCCAAAUGGAUAGCAUCUGGCAAAGGGACUCCAGACAUUGUGUCAAAGCCUGGGAGGCAGCCAAUGUGUAGCCCCAUAAUGUAUACACGUCUUUAUAAUCUCCGAACAAGACUGUCAUAGAACUGUAUUGUAGCUUAUUGAACACACCAAAUGUCUUAUUUGAAUGUACACUUAUGAACCGUGACCAUUUUGACUUAUCAGUGCUCACUGGAUGUAGUUGUGCACUUCUCAAAACGCUUUAAACACACUAUUGUGGUGUGUGCGUGUGUUCGUGCGUGCGUGAGUGCCCUGGAUAUGACCAUAUCCUAGACGAUGAAAUCUAAUUUUUACAUGUGAAUAUUAGAUUUCUUUGCUACUAUUUCACUAUUUAUUUUAUAUAAGUAAUUUAUUGCUGUGUUAUCAUUAGUACAAGGCUACCCCAGAGAGGCACAAAGCACAGAGCUUAACUAAGAAAUUGAUGGAACAAAAGAUGUGUAGGCAAAGUAUAAAUGUGUGUUAAUACAUUUUGUGUUCUAUUAUCUGUGUACACAUCUUGGGUCAACUGGUUUGUCUGGAUAAAACCAUAAUUAUAAUGAAA